CUCGGCAUCCCAUCCUAUAUAGACCCCUCCUCCCGAACCAUCCCUCAUCCCCAGUCACCCACCGCCACUCUUCCAUCCACCCCACCCUACUACCAACAAACAGAAAACAAGCCAACCACAAUGCACGCCCCCGAACUCACCGACUACAUCAAAGACCAAGCCGCCAAGCUCGACGAAGUCUCUGACGAGAUCGACGAAGUCAACGUGCUCAAGCUCAAGUCCCAGGCCAAGGACAAGGCGACCUACGACAAGGCUGCUGCUGCUGCCGAGAAGGCGGAGGCUGCGCGGCUCGAGGCGCUCUACGACGGGGAGAGCAAGUUUGAUGCGGAGAAGGACAAGACAGCGUUUAGGCAGUAUGAGGAUGCUUGUGAUAGGGUCAAGAACUUUUACGCUGAGCAACACUUGAAGCAGACGUACGAGUACAACGUCAAGAUGCGCGAAGAGUUCCGCAACACCACCCGCGCCCGCAUGUCCGUCUGGGAAGCCAUGGAGCUCCUCGACAACCUCGUCGACGAGUCCGACCCCGACACCUCCGUCGGCCAGAUCGAGCACCUCCUCCAAACCGCCGAGGCUAUCCGUCGGGACGGCAAGCCAGAGUGGAUGCAGGUCGUGGGCUUGAUCCAUGAUUUGGGCAAGCUGCUUUGCUUCUUUGGGGCGGAUGGGCAGUGGGAUGUGGUGGGGGAUACGUUUGUGGUGGGGUGUCAGUUUAGCGACAAGAUUAUCUACCCCGAGACGUUCAAGGUCAACCCCGACUACAACAAUCCCAAGCUCAACACAAAGUAUGGGGUUUAUGAGCCGAACUGUGGGUUGGAGAAUGUGUUGCUGUCGUGGGGGCAUGAUGAGUACAUGUACGAUAUCUGCAAGAACCAGUCUACCCUCCCGAAAGAAGGCCUCGCCAUGAUCCGAUACCACUCCUUCUACCCCUGGCACCGCGAAGGCGCCUAUGAACACCUCAUGGCCGAAGACGACUAUGAACAGCUCAAGGCCGUCCGAGCUUUCAACCCGUACGACCUCUACUCCAAAUCGGACGACCCUCCCAAGAAGGAAGAGCUCGGUCCAUACUACCGUUCUUUGAUCGACAAGUUCUUCCCUGCAGAGGUUCAGUGGUAGUUCUGGCCGAAGCGUCCGGCUGGGGUUUCUUUUAGUGUAUAUCUUUUCGGUUUUUGUAAUUUCCAAAAUGUCCUUUUUUCUAAAGAGGUCUGUUUCCCUGCCAAGGGGUGGGCUGUACGUCAUGAUAGUGAGAAGGUAGAAAGCAUAAUAUGAAUAGAAGUUCUUGCUCAACAAUUGAUGUAUCGAGCCUCUCG